UACGUCGUGGGAGACCGGGUACAUGGAAAUGUGCAGUUUGGUGAUUGAACGCUGCACCCCAGAACGCCAUGGACUCUGUUUGGAAUCGUUUAGUUAAAACCAUAAUGUUGAUUUCCUGAUUUAUGAUAUGUCCGCGCCAUUGAGCUCUUUAUCGACUAUAUCGUAUUGCCCAAUGUUUAUGAGGCGCUAUGUCUCUAAGGAUACCUCGUAUGACAAUCAUUAACAGAGAGAUUAUUUCACCUUUGAUGCAAAUCGUGUUAGUAAAUUUCCUCUACUGGGGAUUUCUAUAAAUAUCAUGGAUUGGUCAACACGAAUGCAUGCUGUGGGAUCUCAAGCAGCACACAGCGAUGUGUAUGAUAGCUCCACGCUGCCGUACUUCUCGACGACCUAUAGCAGCGGUAAGCACCAGUACACUCACAGUGAUAGUUUUGCUUCGCAUCUCAACAUGGGUAACAUCACUGCAAAAAAGACUUUCCUAGCGUCCUUCGAUACCGUCGAGGAUAACAUUACCAAUUCUUCGUAUGACGCGGACGCUUUUCAACUUAAAAAGAACAAUUCUGUAAUGAGUGCAGGGAUUAUGUUCGGAACAGGUGUGAUAGGCAACCUUUUGGCCAUUUUUGUGUUACUUAGGUCGGGACGUGAUCAAAGAAGAACCAUUUUCUAUAGACUUGUCGCGGGGCUUACAAUCACGGACCUAAUUGGGACCACUCUAGUCUCUCCUGUUGUCAUAACGGUUUAUUUAAAUGACUUUAAAUGGAAGGGAGGACAGGUGAUGUGUAGCUAUUUUGGAUACUCUAUGGCGUUUGCAGCAUAUGCUACAAUGACGAUUGUGUGUGCAAUGUCUAUAGAACGGGUCAUCUGCAUCAAACAUCCAUUUUUGUAUCAAAGUCGUUUGUCAAAGAAACACGCCACAAUUUUUUUGUUGUGCUGUUGGAUAUUCGCAGCAAUUAUUGCUGCCCUGCCCUUGGCAGGGUUUGGGGAGUUCGUGCUGCACUACCCGUACACGUGGUGUUUCUUUGACUACUAUACCCCAUUGCCCAUCCAUAAGGGAUUCAAUUGUCUGUUCGCGGGCCUCGCGCUCCUCAUCAUAUCUACAACAUUUAUGUGUAAUAUGACCGUCAUGUACACUCUUCUCAAUAGUUGGAGAAAGAAAAAAAUUCUAAAUGGAAAUUCUAGGAAAUACAAUGGCUACAACAAAAGGUUCGCAGAGCUACAGAUGCUUGUUCUUCUGAUUGGGAUUACAGCGGUUUUCAGCACGUGCUAUACCCCUCUAAUGGUCCGUAUACUUAUCAACCAGACAGGAGUGAAACCGGACCUCAAAACAGAUUUACUUAUGAUCCGGUUUGCGUCUCUGAAUCAAAUCCUUGAUCCUUGGGUCUACAUCCUCCUGAGGAGGGAAGUAGUUUGGAAGGUUAUCCAGGGCAUCAAAUUUUUGUUUGGAGUCCGAGAAAAUGAACCGGACUACGAACUGACCAUCCAGAAGGCUAACCUUAUGAACGAUGGUGAGAACCAAUCAUGUUGUAGGUUUUGUCUGCACUGCAUGUGUGAUCCGCCGAUGAAAAGACCCCGAUCCGAAUCUCUGUUUUCCACCAGUGAAUAUGAGUUACGGCGAUCUACUAUAGUUCGAACAUCUCCUAUGCAGUAUAAAGUAGAGGGACUUAGGCACGACUCUCGGAUACCACGCUUCGGGUCCGAAAAGGAGCUUAACCAAUUACUCACAACCCUCAAAAACCAAAAUCAAAACCAAAGCAAACGAUAGCAAUCUAGUCCAUUAUCAUUCUAAUGCUUAUUUAGUAA